UGGAAAUAAUUAAACAUUUAGUGGACUAAAUGUAGGCUAAAUACUUUUAUGUGGUGUGUCGUUAACAGCGCGCAGGAAGAAACCCCAGUUAGCAGAAUAUUAUUUUUGAAUUAAUGCCAUCCACCUGCACACAUUAAUUAUCUGCAGGCUGUACUUUUAAGAAAUAUCCAACAUAUGCUCAGGUAUAUGAGCCUUGCAGACAAAUACUGUAAAUCACCCUCUGUUGGGUUCCAUCCCAACUGAUCGAGUUUGAUGAAACCAGCGGAUCCGGGAAAAAUUUGCAAAGUUUUGAUCAGCAUUACAACCUAAUCGCCUAUACGUCGGCUGUGGGAUGGUAUGCUCGUGCACAGAUAUCGUGCCACACAAAAUACAGGGUGAUGCUCCGUGCAGCCGUCUCUGGAGGGGAUUCAAAAUGAAAGCGCUCAGAGCCUGGAAGACAAGGGCUUAAACCAUCCUCCUUCUCCCCUCGAUUAAUCUCCAAACGGGGGAUUUCUCCAGCUGGAAAUUUCUGCUGCGUCAACACCCAACCCUAGAGUACCAGACAAGACAAGGCGGAGGGGGGUAGGGGGUGUUUGCAGAUGGUGCUCUUGGGUAUUUUUUUUCUUCUAAUUGUUGAGUUACCGCUGAUCAUCUGAUCCGUUUUGAGAGUUGAAAAGUGUGGCGUCAAGUGUUUAUUGGCGCCUGAAGCUGAAAGCGUCUCGGUGCUCCCCUGUCUGUCUCCUGAGCUGUGUGUAUAUGUCUGCUGUCUGUGUAUGCCCUCUCAAACCGGUCAGUUCCGUCUUCCUCCAUUUUCUACCAUGUGAGAGAGGGGAACAACCCCACUUCAUUCACGCUCUGUAUGUAGACAGCAAUGUGCGCCUGUGUGUCGUGCCCCUUCAGCAUACAGCCUGCAGCCAGCAGACGUUUGGAGGAGAGGCUUUUGUUCAGCUACACAGAUGAACAACAGGAAGGAGGACAUGGAGAUCUCCUCUCACUACCGUCAGCUCCUCAGAGAGCUCAAUGAGCAGAGGCAGCACGGCAUCCUCUGCGACGCCUGUGUCAUCGUGGAUGGAAAGAUCUUCAAGGCCCAUAAGAACGUGCUCCUGGGCUCCUCACGCUACUUCAAGACUCUUUACUGCCAGGUUAAAAAAGGGGCAGAGCCUCACCACCAGACUACUGUCACUCACCUGGACAUUGUCACGGCGACAGGCUUCAAAGCCAUACUGGACUUCAUGUACUCGGCCCACCUCGCUCUCACCAGUAAGAAUGUGAUCGAGGUCAUGUCAGCCGCCAGCUACCUGCAGAUGACGGACAUUGUCCAGGCAUGCCACAGCUUCAUCAAGGCUGCGCUGGACAUCAGCAUCCGCUCCGAGAUGGCGGAGGAACUGGCUGACUUUGAGAUGGGAGCUGUUGUUGCUGCUGGCAUAGGCGGAGGUGGAGGAGGUGGAGGAGGACUGGGUAUAACAGGUGCAGGGGGUGGUGCAGGAACAGGUUUAGGAGGAGGAGGAGGAGUAGGAGGAGGAGGAGGAGGAGGAAUUGUGGGCAUGGCUUCUGAAGCCCUUGCCUCCAUCAUGUCUGGUCGCAGCACCUCCCCUUGGCUGGCGCGCCGCACCAGCCCCGCCAACUCUUCUGGGGACUCGGCCAUCGCCAGCUGCCACGAGGGAGGCAGCAUGUAUGGCAAGGAGGACCAAGAACCCCCCAAGAGCCAUGAGAGCCAGGAAGAAGCCUGCCACGACUCCCAGCCUGCCUGGCCACACGACUACAGGCCUGUCACCGUCAAAGAGGAACAGGUGUCCCCCGCCUCCUCCUCACAUCCCCGGGACACUCCCAGAGGGGCAGCCCAGAGCCAGGGGGAGCAAGGGGCUGGAGGGGCUUCUGGAGGAGGUGGAGAGGGACCCUGGCAACCCGUAUCAGGGUCAGGGCGGAGGAAGAACAGGAAGAACAAAGACACUGUUAGGCAUAUUACCCAGCAGGCUGAGACAAACUGGGACAGAGAGCGGGACAGGGAGAGAGAAAGGGACAGUAGGCCGGGAUCUCCUCUGCCCUCCAUGCUGGCUGUGGCAGGAUGGAACUACAACGGACAGGAAAUCCCAGGGGCAGACGUGACCGAACCCAACAGCUCAGACAGCCGCGGCGAACGCCUCGACUUCUUCCUCAAGCAGGAAGAGCCUCUCACCACAGAGCCCAGCUACCUGGGUCCCAACGAAUCAGAAGAGGCCGGGGGAGGAGGCGUGGGUGGAACAAUCUCAUCUGUAGCCAAUCUGAAGGCGGCGCUGAUGAGUAAGAACAGCCUGCUGUCUCUGCGGGCUGAGAUGAUGGGAGAUGAUAACCCUUUGUUGUUUGAGUACCUGCCCAAAGGAGCACACUCCCUGUCUUGGCUCCGCUCCAACAACUGCUGCAGCACGCUCCGGCCAGGGGCCACGGGGGCCACUAUUCAUAACAAACAGGGGGCUGGCUCCUCUCCUCUUCCUCCUCUUCCUCCUCUUCCACUUCUUCCUCCUCAUCUUCCACCAACACCACCACCACAACCGCCAUCGUCAACAUCAUCAUCAUCAUCAUACUUCCCACCCACUCCGCCUACAACACUGCACCCCUCUGAGUCUCGGCCCCUGGAGGCCCCCGGUCUGCGGGCCGGGGCACCCCCGCUGCGCUCAGAAGGGUCAGACAUGGAAGUGGAAGCGGCCGUUGAGGGCCCAGAGCCCUCCACCUUGCCUGAGGAGCGUGUAAAAGACAAAGAAGACAUGAAAGAGUACAGCACAGCCUUGGAAGGUGACCAGUCUCCUAUCGAGAGGGAUCAGAUGGGCGAUGAGAGCUGUGUUGGUGGCUUGACUGUGCCUGCGUCAGUGUCAGGGGCUGGCAGAGGAACUAAAGGGCUGAUGGUGCUGGGCAAAGAGGUUGGGUCCGGGAAAAGAGUCCUGCCAGAGCCCGGUGCCUGGCCCUCACAGGGGUUUGCCUGCUCCCUGUGCAAACGGCUGUUUAGCAGCCUGGAGCACCUCAGGGAACACGAGUACCGCCACACCCUGUCUCUGAUGGCCUUGUCUCUGGACUGGCCGAGCAUGCACGGCCCGUACCACCAAUCUACCCAGCCCCAUCACCAGCCACAAUCCCAGCCUAGCCACUUCCACCAGUCCCUUUACCGCCCUGCAUUGGAAGAGCCAAGCCAAGUGCCGGCGCGCUACCUCUGCUCCCAGUGCCCCGCCAGCUUCACCCUCAAAUCCAAUGCAGACCGACACGAAAAGACCAUCCACUUUAAGAAGAAGCUGAUGCAGUGUGUGUACUGUCUGAAAAACUUCAGAGACCGCACAGACCUGCACAGGCACCUGUCCUCUGUGCACUCCAAAGAGAGAGGGCAUACCUGCCCUGCCUGUGCCAAGGCUUUUAGCACCCAGAAAAACCUGUCUACACAUGUUAAAGUGUGCUGCCAGGUCGGGUCAGUUCCAGGAGAUGUGCUGGGAAGAGGCACCGGGAUGGAAGUUUGUCAGGGUGGGGUUAUAGAUUCACUGUGGCGGCUUUCUCAAGAGAUGAAAGUUGAAAAUCAUGAUCUCAGUAUCAAUUUGGAAAAUUGAUACGGGCCGCAGGGUUAUGUACACAUAUUCAUACCUAUCAGCUAGCAGCGUAUCGUUCAUGACAAAAUGCUCUGUGGCGUCAUUGCACUAAGAAGGAAAAGCUUCCUUUUAAAUCAAGUAACUGUUGAGAUUUAAAAAAAAUACCCAGGGACUACUGUUUUUUUUACAACUUGUUAAAUAUUAUGCCAUUAUUUUUUUACUAUGAAUGGACAGCGUACAUCUAAACGAUGCACAGUUGCUAUGCAAAGCCGAUCUGUUUAAACAACAACUGACUAAAUUAUAAGAAGGAUGGAUUUUUAAGUAAUCUUUAGGUUUGUGAAUAAUCUGAUAAGGUAAAUGACUUUUCGGUUGUGGUGCUGAGUUGAGAGACGUGGUGGCGUCUUUCCGCCUCCCUGACCUAAACCACUUGUCUGGCUCUCUGUCGCCAGUCACCAGGUUGACUAAACUCUUCUCUCCUUUUUAGGCAGAGAGAUCUUUAUCUUUGUGUCCACCCCUGCAUUAUAGGCACAAAGACACUCAGGCUUAACUGUGCCUCACAGCCCACACAACCACACCACCUGCAGGAACUUUGUAGAAUUGCAGCAUGAGACUAAAAUUAAGACCCAAAUCAGAUUGUUUCUGUUGCCAGUGACAGUGUUCCUCAAAAUUGCAUAAAACAUAAAGGAAUAUUAUUAUCUAUUUUUGAAACAAUGUGGUUACUUCUCAUUAAAUUUGAACACGAAGCAAAGCAAAACUAAGUAAUUGGAUCACCAUCCCCACUGGACACGUAGCUUGUCAUCUCAUCACUCUGACAUGGUUACCUUCAGUCAGUGCUGUCAGAUCAGUGCAGAUGGAGGGGAUGUGUCAAACCAGACAACGCCAGCUAAACAAUAGACCAGUAGCAGCUCUGAUGGGGGUUGGGUGGUGUCAUUUUCACUCUCUCUGUCCAUCUCCUCUAUCCCAGAUCUGUAAGUCUUCUUUCGGCUGAAGCUGGGUAGUAAUUGGUCCUUCACGGGUCCGGCCCUUCUUAACCUCUGACCUCUUCAUUUGAAGAGGAAGUGGGGGCCAAGGAGUAGAUGCCCCUUAAACCAGAUGAGAUUAGUGAUGUCACUGCUGCAGACAGAUAAGUGUGUGACAAGUGGUAAAAAAUCCGGAGAGGAAUAAGGGAGAUGGUGAGUGUGUUGCAGAGCUGCGAAGAUAUUUGAAUCAGCAUGAGCACUAACUUCAGAAUCAUUGCUAAUAUAAAUCCACACUAAUUUCUGCCAAAAAUUCAGGCCUGCAUUUCUAAACCAAGAUAUUUUCCUGAUACAGCCCAGUAAUGAAGGUGCAUUCACUACUGUGAGUAGUACACAGCCAAAAGGAAGACAUCCACCUGUGUUUCCCUCUAAUAUUCCACAGUCACUCCAACACAUAGAACUGGAAUUUCUACAUGUUCAAUAAAAGCAGAACUGGUGUCUUGCCCUUGCCCGUUUUGUGAUCAUACACACAGGGAAGUCCCAAAUGCCAAAUCCCUUCUCCCACUAAAUCCCAUCUCUCAGGUAACAAUCUGUUCUAGCCGGCAGCUGAAAGAGACUGGCGGGCUCAGAGAAGUUAGGAACUAAUCAGGAACUCUGCAGAGCCAGCCAUGUCUGAUUCUUGAGAGGAGUGAUUAUGUGUUAUUGUAAAUGUUGAAAGAUGUUUCAUUUUAGAAUAUAUAUAUAUUUCCUCCUAAACCCCCCCCCCCCCAUGCACUGUACAAAGAUAUUUACUUUUCAAAACGAAAUUACAUUCUGCUUGUAGUUUUUGUGCUGUAAUUAAACUACGAUGGAAAAUGUUUAAUCCUC